CUCCCCGGGACCCCGCCGCCGGGAGGAGGGGGCGGAGGAGGGUGGAGACUGCGGGGCUUGGCCAAGGAAAGCGCACAUCCUCGGGCGGGCGGCCGUGACGCGGCGGGGAUUAACUUUGCAUGAAUAAUGUGAGUGCGCUUGGAAAGGAGACCUUCUGCUCCCCGGGCUCCGGGCUAGCGCCCGCCGGCCACCUUCCCCGGGCAGGGGCGCCCAACCCAACCGGCUCCAGGGCACUGAUCUUCAGUUUUCCUUCCAUUGGCCGUCCAGCGUGGGUGCCAAGUUCCACACGUGAUUUAAUGGAUCAGAAGUCUCUGGACAUUUCAGUUCCUGGGGAAGUGGCAGUUUAGGGGAGAUGUCAGUGAAAAAAAGGGUCCAGAAUGAUUACUAACCUAUGACUCCCAACAGUAUGACAGAAAAUGGCCUUCCAGCCUGGGACAAACCGAAGCACUGUCCAGACCGAGAACACGACUGGAAGCUAGUAGGAAUGUCUGAAGCCUGCCUCCAUAGGAAGAGCCAUCCGGAGAGGUGCAGCACGCUGAAAAAUGAACAGUCAUCGCCACAUCUCAUCCAGGCCACUUGGACUAGCUCAAUAUUCCAUCUGGACCAUGACGAUGUGAGCGAUCAGAGUGUCCCGAGUACCCAGACCUUCCAAACGGAAGAGAAGAAAUGUAAAGGGUACAUCCCCAGUUACUUAGACAAGGACGAGCUAUGUGUGGUGUGUGGUGACAAAGCCACCGGGUAUCACUACCGCUGCAUCACCUGUGAAGGCUGCAAGGGUUUCUUUAGAAGAACCAUUCAGAAAAAUCUCCAUCCAUCCUAUUCCUGUAAAUAUGAAGGAAAAUGUGUCAUAGACAAAGUUACACGAAAUCAGUGCCAGGAAUGUCGCUUUAAAAAAUGCAUCUAUGUUGGCAUGGCAACAGAUUUGGUACUGGAUGACAGCAAGCGACUGGCAAAGCGGAAGCUGAUAGAGGAGAACCGGGAGAAGAGACGGCGGGAAGAGCUGCAGAAAUCCAUCGGGCACAAGCCGGAGCCCACCGACGAGGAGUGGGAGCUCAUCAAAACCGUCACGGAAGCCCAUGUGGCCACCAAUGCCCAAGGCAGCCACUGGAAGCAGAAACGGAAAUUCCUGCCAGAAGAUAUUGGACAAGCACCAAUAGUAAAUGCCCCAGAAGGUGGAAAGGUUGACUUGGAAGCCUUCAGCCAUUUUACAAAAAUCAUCACACCAGCAAUUACCAGAGUGGUGGAUUUUGCCAAAAAGUUGCCUAUGUUUUGUGAGCUGCCAUGCGAAGACCAGAUAAUCCUCCUCAAAGGCUGCUGCAUGGAGAUCAUGUCCCUUCGUGCUGCUGUGCGCUAUGACCCAGAAAGUGAGACUUUAACCCUGAAUGGGGAAAUGGCAGUGACACGGGGUCAGCUGAAAAACGGGGGCCUUGGGGUGGUGUCGGAUGCCAUCUUCGACCUGGGCAUGUCGCUGUCUUCUUUCAAUCUGGAUGACACUGAAGUAGCUCUCCUUCAGGCUGUCCUGCUGAUGUCUUCAGAUCGCCCAGGGCUCGCCUGUGUUGAGAGAAUAGAAAAAUACCAAGAUAGUUUCCUGCUGGCCUUUGAACACUAUAUCAACUACCGAAAACACCACGUGACACACUUUUGGCCAAAACUCCUGAUGAAGGUGACCGACCUGCGAAUGAUUGGAGCCUGUCAUGCCAGCCGCUUCCUGCACAUGAAGGUGGAAUGCCCCACAGAACUCUUCCCUCCGUUGUUCUUGGAAGUGUUUGAGGAUUAGACUGACUGACUUCAUUCUCAUAAUUCCUACAGCACUACUGGGUGUCAUUUCAUUCCAUUGCCUAGCUCUUUUUUUGUUUGUUCUUUUGUUUUUUUGUGUGUUAGGAGGGACUGUUUGGAGGUGAAGGGAGGCAGUCCUUGGCAUAGACAUGGAUGAAAUUGCCCCUUGAAUGCGGGUACUUGUAACUAUUGCAUUUUGUUCUCUAGUCCUUUGAUGUGAAUGCUUUGAAGGUUUUACAGCUAUGGAGGUGGUGUGGAGACCAUCAUUAAAUUCACCAGCACCAAGCCAUCACCAGCUCCCAUCUGUCCCUGGUCAGAGACUUGAGCAAGCAAAAUGGCACGGCAGAAGACUAAAGGAGCCUUAAAACCUAGAUAAUGUGGUCAUCUUGAGCCAAUCCUGAUUUUUGCAGGGCUCAAAUUAGCAGGGCACAGGCCAUCUUCAGUUAGAUAUGGCUUUCAGCUUUCUAGGGGAAGGUCUGACACAGUUUUAUUUAUUCUAGAGCGUGCCGUUUUCAGUAUGCUUCAUUCUCUCCUAGCAGCAUAACUUAGAAUGAACAGGAAUAUUUGUUCCCCAAAAAAAUCAACUAUUCUUUUACUGUAAUUUUUAUAAUCCUAUGAUUUAAUUCAAGUUAUACAAGGGUGUGACUCAAAGAUGUGCAGGUAUUUGACUGACUGAGGCCAAUAAGGAAAACUUUAUUUGGUGAACUCAAAGAAAUUAGAAACCACCAUCAAUGUCAGUGGCCUAAAAGUUUUCAAAAAUUCACAAAGUAUUACCUCAAAGUAGGAAGGCCUCUUUACAGUUUAUGCUCAGUGAAAAUAUCCACAGAAAUUAAAACUAUUUACAGUGUUGUCACUUUUCAAUGACAUCUGAUCCAUCAUCUCCCAAACUCCUGAAGUUAUUUACCCUGAUCGCAUCUUUGCUGAGCUGACAACAUAUUUCCCUAUGGAUUAAAUCUAAUCACGGAGAGAUAAUGAGUUGAGAUUCGAGUCUUGUUCCGGAGGAAUUCUGAGAAGAGAUCAGUGUGGUUAUGUUCUGAGUUGAAGGAUAUGCAGUCAUCUGAGAGCCCGCUACAUGUACUUAUGGUCUGAGGAUGCCUUUUCUGGUCUUGGAUCCUCAAGCUCUUUGCUCUACUCAUAAAUGUUUCCUAGACCCCUUUUCCCUCUUACUCUGAGGCUUGACUAUCGCUAAACAAAGACUGGCCGCCGAUCCUCUCUGUCCCACUCAUAGCAUUGCCUUGACAGAUAUUCAACAGAAAAUGCCUGCAGACCACAUACAUGACCCUUCACUCACCUUCCCUUCCCAACCCACCUCCCCAGUGACAAAAGCUGGAGUAGCUUGUACCCAGAAAACAAAUGGUGAUGCUUCAUUACUUCAGUGUCAGAAAAUGGGCAAAGCAUAUACCCAUGCAAUUGAAUGUAUCUCACUCUUCACUAGCAUAGUAGAUAUACACUAUUCCUUUGCCUGCCUUGUACUGCCUUAUCCUGAAAAUGCUGGGGAAAAUAAGCCAUAUCAGUGAGAUUUACCUAAAAACAAAGAAUGAAAGUCACCAUGAAAACCAAUGGGCUAAUUUUUUUUAACUGGCCCAGAAGUCAGGGUCCCUUCUAGUCAGUGCUCUGUCAACUGGCGGAUUUGUGAUCUUGGGUCUUGGUUUUCACACCUUGGGUCUUGAUGAAUAUGUCAUGAACUCUAAAGUCCUUCCCAUUUUUAUUAUUGUACCAAUUUCAGAAGAAGGGAAGAAGGAAUCUGAUUCUUUUGAUUAUUUCUUUCAUAUUCAAAUUUCUAGCUAUAUUAGACAAAAGUUAUAGCCCUCUUAACAGUUAUGGAAAGUAUAUUUGGUAUUGAUUCAAAAUAAGAAUUUGAUACACUACUCAUCAGCUAUUUAGAGAAAGGCAGGAUGGCCUGGGAAAAAGGAGAGGAAUGGCAUUGAAAAUUUCAGGUGUGACUAGAAAUCAUCUGAAAGGAAAAGCUUAUGUUUAAUACACUAAAGCAGUCAUACUGGCUUCUGGGGAAAAGGAAACAAGAACAUCACUAUGGAACUUGCUAGCCAGAGAAAAGAAGUAGGUGAAGAAAUUAAAAUUAUAAACAUGAAGUUCAUGGGCAGAUUUGAUUACCUGCUUUGACUUUGUUUACAGAGAGUUUAGGGAGGGAGGUUGGAGGUUCUUUGUUUGGUUUCGGUUUGGGGGUUUGUUUGGGGUUUUUUUGUUUUGUUUUGUUUUGUUUUGUUGUUUUUUUUAUUUGGUUUUGUUCUCUCUAGGCAGUCUCUAGCCAGUCUCCUUGAGUCCUUUCUUUGUUAACAUCUCAUCAGCCUCUGUUGACUCUUGUUGGAGAUCUACUGUUUGAAACAUAACUGCUGAGUCAGCUUCUAGCUCCAGGGUAACUCUGAGAAGCUUUGGGGUACAGGGAAACUUUCCCUCAGAAGAGUGAGAGGGAGACAAGUCAGUCAGAUACUGGAAGGUUCACAGACUUCUCAGACAUCAAACCUUCCUGGGAAGGUCUCCUCAAUUUGUGUGACAGAGACUCCCCAGUACAUUAGACACACCCAGAUUCAAAUAUAAAAAUACAGAACCCGAUCUAAAGCAAAAUUGGGAUGCUCUGGGGAUUAACCAUGAUGAGGCAUUGACCAAAUGGUACAGUAUAUCUACAGUAAGCCAGCCAUCCCCCAGUAAAUUUAUGUUCGAUCCUCAGCCUUAAAUGGCUGCCUUAGGCAGGCAAACUGCUGAUCCCAAAUUUUCAUGAAAGGCUGACCAACCACUUUAUGAUGAGGAGAACAAGCCUUAAAGUACUUCAGGUUGAAAGGAAAAGCGAUAGGACUCAAAGUAUCAUGCCCUGGUGGUCAGAGUGACUCAUUUCUUCUGUAACUGAUUGAGGUACUAAAUGCAUCUUAAGAUUCCAUCUCAUAAAACUCAGUUAUUAGAGAUUUGUUCUGGAUUUUUUCUUUUAAUAUUUUUUCUUACAUUGUCCAGACUGUCGAAUCAAGUGUGGACCUAAUCGAAACCCCUCACAGAGGGGAGACAUCCCAGUAGAGGAGAACACACCUGUACAACUGGGAUUUUUAUUUGUAAAUCACUUAACUUUUGGAGAUGAGUGGUUGUGUGUGUGUGUGUGUGUGUAUGUGUGUGUGUGUUUUCGUAACCCUCAAGUGUACUUUGCUCUUCAAUUUAGACAUGUAGUAUUUCCAGAAAUAGUGAGAAAAGUAAGACCUUUCUUCUUUAUGAUUCUGCUCAAAACACCAUGUGCCACCUCAAAGCUUUUUCUAGUCAAAUGAGCCUCUGUCCUCAAUGACACGCUUUGCAGCGUUGAUGCCUCAGCCUAGUGAUGUCCCUUCACCUAUGUCUGAGUGAUACCUCGUCCAUCUGCAGCGCUGUCAUUGGUGGACCACCAGGCUCGGCUCUGCUCCAGCAACGCCAUUCUCGUGGCUCUUCCGUGAAUAGGUGUGCAGCCUUGGUCCCCCCUCAACACUAAGUCCCCCCCAAGACUCAGCCUCCAUGGGACAGCUGAGCACCCUCAAAGCAUGUCAUUGUCAGUGAUACAUUUUUUAUUCUAUGGAACUUUAACAUAUUCGUGUCAUAUUGACCUUUUGCUGCAUGAGUCAUAAAUUAUGAAAUCAGUCUUAUGGUUUUUGAAGUGUAGCCAGCAUUUGUAAGGCUAAACCUUUUUCAUAAACUGAAUUUAAGGGAAUAACUAAGCCACAGUUCCUCUUCAAAAGCAGAGUGCUUACAGACAUUUGAAUCUCUUUGCCCUUUCCAAUGGCUAUGGCAUCAGGUUCUAAAAUAAGCUCGUAAUUUUUCCUGUUAUUUUAAUAAUAUGGAAAUAGUAGCAUAGUGUUUCUUUUGAUAGUGAUAGACUAUAAUCCAUAUUUAAAUUUUAUAGAGAAGAAAUUUUAUUGUACUGUGAUGUAGAUAUUUAUUAUCCAAGUAAGGAUUUGCCCGGUGUGUAUUUUUUACAAUUGAAACAUUUUACUUUAAUCUUUAAAAAAAAAAAAAAAAUGAAAAAACAAAAAAAAAAAAAAAAAAAAAAAAAUAAAAAUAAAAAAAAAUAAAACAUUAAAAACACACACAUGAAAAAAAAAACAGACUGGGGGAAAAAAGGUUUGGCCUUAUCACAGAAUUUUUACUGUGUUGUAUAAAUGUUUGCAAAUGCAAAAAGUAUUCAUUUCUAGUGUGUUUCCACAUUAAUUAAUGCCGCCUUCAAGAGCAAUAUCGUACAGGUAAGACGCUGUUUGUGGCUUUCUGUUGCACAGUUAAACCUGACCCACCUUAUGCACAAGACAAUCAGAUACAAAUCUGUCCUCCUCAGGAUGCAGAUAAUACUCAAGUAAGUUCUGGAGCACAAUGUAAGACAAAAGAAGACACUUUAAUUACACAUGUAUUGUUCAUUUAGAAGAUAUCGGGGCAUGAAUGUGUUGACAUUACCCCACUUUUCUUUUGGUUGUCCUAAUUAACUUGGCAUUUUCAUUUGAUUAGAGAGCCAAAUUAGAUCUCUAUGCUUUCUUCAGAGAAAACACUUUUCCCCCUACAAUGUUUUCAUGCCCUAAGAAUCAGAAAAAUACUACAGAAUAGGAAAAGAUUUACAGUCAUCAGAAGAUCUGUGUUUUGCAAACAGUGUUAAGUAAUAUUGCUAGAUCGGUAAUAUUUUUUUCAUCCUAAAACUCUGUUGAAAUCUGUGAUCAAAAUGUUUUGAACUAUCCAAAAAGAAAAUUUGUAUAUUUGGGAAAAAUGGAUUUUUACAUAGCUUUUGUAUGCAGAUAUUAAAUUGUAAUUAUGAAUAUAGUGGGCAUAGAUAAACUCAUAAGCUUCAAUUCUAAAAAAGAAAAAAGAAAAAAAGAAAAAGCUUAUAACAAAUAUA